AUUUUUGACGACCGAAGGUUACACCAAUCACGAGGACACUAUGCGUUACUAUGGUUCAGUGUUUGAGCCGGGCGCACACUUCCCCUUCAACUUCCGGUUCCUUACGGAUCUAAAUGACAAGACUGAUGCACCGUCUCUCCACAGAAACAUUGUUGAAUACCUAGCCAACUUGAAGAGGUACCAAUUCCCGAACUGGGUGUCGGGUAAUCAUGACUGGCCGCGCAUUCCAUCCCGCAUGGGUGGGAGAGGAGCUGUGGAUCAGCUACACAUGCUGAGCAUAAUGUUGCCAGGAACUGUGACUGUGUAUUAUGGUGAUGAAAUUGGUAUGGACAGCUACUGGAACAUGGACAAGGAUGAUUGCUCUGAAAUACUCCGUAAUGACUAUCGUACUCCACACCGCACCCCCUUCCAAUGGAACAUCGAGAAGAACGCUGGGUUUACCACUAAUGACAAACCUUGGCUCCCAGUCAAUGUGAAUUACUAUUUGAUAAACGUGGAUACACAGACUAAGAAUCAGAACUCCUGCUACAGGGUGCCAAAUCAUUUGAAGAACUUCAAGGAGCUAGCAAAGUUGAAAAAAACGGAGGCGAUUGUGGACGGGAAAUUCAGCUCUUACGUAAUCAACGAUCAAGUUUACGCCUUCACCAGGUCCGAUAAAAAUACCAUCUAUCUUGUGCUCUUAAAUUUGAGCAAAAAAUUCAGUAAACCCUUUGACAUUACGAAGAAAAUACCAGAAAUAGGUAGGAAGCAAGCGCGGUAUGCUAUAGCUCGCAGUGUCAAUAUUCUAGAGGAAUGUCCUUAUGGUGACGCUUGUGCGGAUAAAAUCUUCUCAGGAACAUGGAACAUGCCACCAAAGUCAGGAAUUGUCAUACCAUUCGGCAGAGUGCAACAACAAUCGCUAUACGGCGAAAGGUUGUUCAGCAGAGGCCUUCAAGAAGACCCUAGCAAAUGCGAGCCAUACUGGAUGGCAGACCGGGUUGGUAACAAUCCGGUGAAAAGGUUCUGUUAAUUUUGUGGAUAAAUAAAAAGGAGGCUGAACAAUCGCAAAAUUUCUCAAAUUUCUGGAACAAUUGUUUUUCACCUCUAGAAUGCCUGCAAAUAGUCGAGUUGAUGCAAUGCAGCAGCAUUUUUGACGUCCUCAAGAGUGCAGCAGACCUCACACAUGACCUCACAUAAGCUGAUUUACCAACUUAAAAAUCCCACCGUUUUGUAUGAAAUUAUUACACAAUUUACAAUUAUAUAAAUUUUAAAAUGGCAAUACACAAAA